AUGCGUACCAUCUUCUUCCUGACAAUAUUAUCCUUUCUGCUCGUCCUGUCUCGAACUCAAGCCGACCGAUCUGAUAGUAGUACUCUUCUUAUCAAGGGCCAGAUUUCGAAGAAUCAGGCUCGACUUCAUCCGUUAUCUCGGAUAUCCCACUCAAAGCUUCAGCCGAAAAGAGCCCGUUCACUGCGUUCUGCUGAUGUGGUUAGAGUUGAAGUACGAGCAGGCCUAUCGGGUGACGACUGCACUCAGGACCAAGACUGUGUCGGAUCAAGAGAAUGCGUUGAUCCAGGAGAUGAAGAAGAUGAACGAUCUGUACCAUGUCCAAACGAAAGUUACUCUUGCCACUGCCGGCCGGGUGAGGAAUUCCGAUUCUGCGAUUACAGUUAUGAGUGUGUAGAAGGGGAACUCUGCGCUUCCGUUCGCAAAGCGGCGCCAGUUUGCCUAAGUGAGGCCUUCGUCACCGAAAGCACCAAUACCGUUCAAAGCGAUGGACUCACCUUCGAUGAAUGUGAAGCUUCUUCUCAUUGCAUUGCCCCCCGCACAUGUGGGGUUGUGCUGGACAAUGAGGAGCUCAAAGAAUGUAACUAUAAGCAGGACGAGCGCUGCAAUUGCCUUCCAGUGCUACUGACCGAGUGUGAAGCAGACGCUGAUUGUCCGGAUGAAGCAGAACUUUGUGCCGAAAGAACCGAUAAGGAAUUAGAAUCGUUUGUUUGCGUCUCAAGAGAUAGCGCGCAGAGACUGUCAUUUUGGCGACCAGUUUCCACCACCGAUCCCAGUACAAACCCAACUUCACCGCCUCCGCCCGGUGCGGUACCUUCACCACCACCAAGACAGACGGGCAUUUUGCCGCCACAGCCAGAUUGUAUCGACAUCAGAGCUCUUUCGCAUCUCGGUGGAGAGGAUCUCGUCUUCAAAAGGCAUUUCGUGGCACCUGUUCUUUGCGACUUAAACGAUAGUUGCGCUACUCCAGCGCAUGUCGUGAUGCAUGACGGAAGGCCGAUGAUGAUGAGAAGCUACUGUGCAACUGCGGGGUGUACAAAGAAAAACAUGUACGUGAACAGCCCCAAGUAUUAUCGUAGACUUGUUGUCAAGUCUAAGACGCCGGGGCUGUACUUCACUGUUUUUGCCGCAAGGUACGGGACUCGCCUUGAAGAGCUCGUCAUUUCGUCUGUGUUGCUACUUGGCUUCUAGACGAGAAUGUUCAGGUAUUGUAUGUAAUGGAGCGAAUGGGCGGAUCCGGACGUGGUGUGUUUUCAAGAACACAAGGUACACAUUAUCGAGUGAAGUAGGUCAAACCUCAGGUAAAGGCGUCGGCCGUGUGAGAUCUACGGGAGGACAGCAUCACACAUCCUGGUGUUGUGGCACGAAACGACGAGUCGGGCUCUCGGAGUCGUUGGAAAGGAAUGUUCACAUCAUCGUAUUGUGAUGAUGGCAUCUUCUACUGGGCGGAGAAUCGUGCCAGAAGUCGAAAUUUGUACCUGUGCAAAAUCAACAUACGGUAUUAUUGUGGAAGGAAAUAAGGUGAAAACGCAGUGUUAUCGUUAACUGUAGUUCACGUGUGUGCGCUCCGCUGCCCAUGAGGAACCCAUGAGAAAGUCACACUCAAAUCACACUCAAAAAUCAUUU